AUGCAUCGUUAUUUCAUCGCGAAGGGGCUCAGAUUUGUGAAUCCAUAUUAUCAUGAAUAUAUAGCUAAUGCAAGACUUCGGUGGUUUGGACGCUCGUGCUUUGAAGUGUACUCUUCCGAAUUCAAAAAUCUUCCUUCCGAUCACUAUUAUCGAGAAAUCAAGGAUGGGAGAAUGAAAUUGAUAAAGAAUCCGAAUUCUAAAAAGUAUCAUAAGAUAUUUGAAGGUAGACAACUCAUUCGGGAUGUCAAAAUAGACCCAGGUGAUAAGAUUAUUCAUAGGGAACAUGUUCAUGAACCCCCGGUUUCAGCCAACUUACCUGAAACAAUAUAUGAAGAUCAAAACUAUAUUGUCGUAAACAAACCGGCUGGAAUACCAGUACAUCCCGUUGGAACAUACUAUUAUAAUACUCUACAACAGAUAUUGUACGCUUUACGACCGGAUAUCAAAGAAUUGUAUCCUAUUCAUCGUUUGGACAAGGUGACAUCUGGUGUCCAGAUGUUUGGUAAGAAUCAUGAGGCAACAUCCAGAUUCAAGGAGCUUAUCAAGGAAGGGUAUGCGCAAAAAACAUACCUUGCUUUGGUUAAAGGAAUGUUUACUUCAUUAGGCGAAGAACCAGUUACUUGUAAAGAUCCAGUGGUUUAUAUUUAUGGAUCGCGUAAGAGUGUGAACCAAUUUUCUCCGGCAACUACAGUAUUCAAAAGCAUAGUUUACGAUAAGGAAAAGGAUGAGUCCUUAGUCGAAUGCAAGCCUUUAACUGGUUUUUCACAUCAAAUCCGAAUUCACUUGCGGAAUCUAGGUUUUCCGAUUGUAGAUGAUACACUUUAUUUGAAUAAGUAUAGUGCGGUUUUCCAAAAUCGGAAUGAGGUUACAGAAGAAUAUUUAAAUACGAUAUAUGAUAUUUCCCGUAUGAAUAGAGCCAAGGAAGAAUGCAAUGCCGAAGAACAAAAACAUAAAUGUUCAGAUUGUGGUAUGAUACUUUACAAGAAUCCAACUUUGGAGAGUCUUUCAAUUAAAUUGCAUUCAUGGAAGUAUAGUAUGACUGAUAUACUGGCUCACAAAACCUACGAAUUUAAGACAGCACCACCCAUUUGGGCGUCAAUGAAACUUGCUAAUGCACAAUCAAAUGCGUGCACCCAAAGUUAG